AUGUCGGAGAUGUCGCACCACCUCUAUACCAUCGCAGGCUCUUCGCCGUCAGAGCGUCCCGCUGCUCAUUGCUGCAGACGGUCUAUUCAGAAUGCACUGUUCUUUGCAAUUGCUCGGGGAGAUGUGCAAGCCGUGAUUCAACUCCUUCAGCACGGCAUCGAUGUCAAUAGCAGCGGACCGAAUGGCCAGCCCACGCUCUUCACGGCUCUAGAGUAUCAACAGCACAAGAUCUUGGAGAUCCUCUUGGGUGACCCGCGAGUCGAUAUUCACAUCACAGAUGGCCAAGGUCACACUGCGCUCCAUCUGGCGGUGAUAUACGACGAUCAUCUUGCAGUUCAGAUCCUCUUGCAAAGCAGAUCUCUCGAUGUCGAUCGGUCCAACUUUGCAGGGGACAGCGCACUGCUUCUCGCUGCCAAGACGUACGUACGGUGGCUUCGAGCCCAGACGCGACGCGAUCCUUGA